AUGGUAAUUAGAAUCCGCCCCCCUCCCCUCUCUCAGAUCUUCAAUCGACCUCCUCCGAUUCUCCCCCAAACCGGCGGCGUUCAGCAGCCGUUCACCCCUCUCCCGCCGCGGAGUCGCCGGUCUCCGCUUACAUGCGGUUUCUCCAGUCCUCCGCCCCUGCCGCAUCAGCUUCCUACCUCUGGCCUACUCCGCCGCCGGAAUCGCCGGUCUCUGCUUACAUGCGAUUUCUCACUGCCUCACCGCAGUGGAACGCCGCCGCUGCCGUUUGGGUGCAUUCCUUCUCCGAAGUCUCCCUACGGCGCGCUGUUCUCGCCGACCGGUCAAUUGGGGCUGCCGCAGCUGCCAUUGUCGCCUACUCCGCCCCUUUCGAGCCCUAGGUGGAAGGGGAUUCUCUAAAUGUAAGAUAAAAGGUAAGGGAUUUUGGGAUUCUACAGCUUCUUAUUGCUUAGGUUUUGAUGGUAGCAAUACUGUAUAUUUACAUGGUUUUGGGGUAUGAUUAUAGUAAGGAAUUGUUGUAUUUACAUUUGUUAUUUACAUGAACAGUGAAGAAGGCAAAGGAAGUUAAGGUGUCUUUGUCUUUCCCUGUUAUUAGAAUCUAUAGGACUCAAUGGAAAUUCAGUUCCAAAA